AUGGCCAGAGAAACUCGAAACCAUCUUCUGGAAUCGACCAACGGGCCCAAGAGUUGCGACACAAGAACAGACACCGAGAAUGAUGACGAUUGUGGCAUGAAAUCCGGUGACUCGAACUCUGACACGAAUCGUGAUGGCACCAGAUCUGGCGACAGCAGUGGCAGUCGUGAGGAUGUCUCAAAUGAGUGUGCUGAGGUUGAGGUUGAAUCUCGGGUUGAUGAAAUUACCGUUGAUGAUAUUGAAGCUCAUGUGGCUGAUGGUGUCGCUGGAACUAUCACCUCUGGUGUUUCAGCUACAGAUGGCGUCGUCUACGUGACAUCUGAUCCCGAUGACAAAGAUGUCAUUCGGAUCGAAGUUAACUCUGGUGACUCAGUCGUGUCGACAGAGGCUCGGAUUGAUGAGUCUUCUGGGCCCGCGGUGGUCGAGUCUUCUGAACCCCAGAUCGAGUCUCCUGAGCGUCAGGUGGCCGAGUUUUCUGAACCCCAGGUUGAGUCUUCUGAGCGUCAGGUUGAGUCUUCUAGACUCCAGGUCGAGUCUUCUGAACCCCAGGUCGAAACUUCUAAACCCCAGAUCGAGUUUUCUGAACCCCAGGUCGAGUCUGACGAGCCCUCUACCUCAGCUAAAGCUCUAACACCCAAGACCCCCUCUGACUCGCCUGAGCCUGCGACUGCUUCUGGGUCAUCUGCGGAGUCAGUAGACGCUUUUGGUUCCGUUGCUGUUUCGAAGUCGGCUUCAGACACUGCUGAGUCGGAGACUGCUGCGGUGGAGACUGUUGACCCUACUGAGUUGGUCGCUGAAGCAUCCAACGCGGCUCCGUCUAAGCAUUCUGAUCCGGCUGGCCCGGCUGGCCCGGCUUGCCCAGCAAAGCCCACUACCCCUGUCAAUGAAGCCGAGUCACCUGCUGUCAAAACUGAAGCCCUGAAGUUUGAUGACAAGGCCGACUCAGAUGACGACCAUGGAUCACCUCAAGGCACCACGACCUCUGUGGAGUGUGGCAACUCUGCGAUUGACGAGUCGGCCGCAUCUUCAGACUCAUCUGAUAAUGAAUCGUUCCAUGAUGCGUCUGACGAGCAGGACUCAUACGACCGGCCGCUCGAGGAGGCCGAGGAGAUCAGCAUCAAGCUUGAGUCUGAGUACGACACUCCCAUGACCACUCCUGAGGACGGGUAUGAGUAUGUUAAGCCGCCGUAUGCCCUCAAACGGUCUGCUAGUGUGCCUACACGUGGAAAGUUGGACAGAAAAAAGCGGGCUGUGGCUUUCUCUAGCGACGAUGGUCGUCUCCCCACCAGACUGCUCAUUAUUGCCAUGCAUGGGAAGAUGGUUCGGAGACGCAACUGA